AUGUCCACAGAGGCAACAGUUUCAGCGAGAACAACUAAUCUAGAUUCUCAUUACAUUCUAGAUGCAUAUGAAACUGACAUAAUGCAUAGAAUGACAGAAUGGGAUGGACACCAACCGAAUCUUAACAUACAUGUUCCAGUUUCAUCUAGUUUAGCUAUAUAUCUGAAUCCACAUUUCAAUGCUUCGGGUGCUAGUUCUUCAAUUGCUCACCAUAAUACAAGGCACACUGAAAUUGGCAUUCCUAUAUUACCCUACUAUGGUUUUGGGGAAUAUAUGAUCACACAUGACUCUAAUGCUUUCAUUCUAGGCAACUAUUUAGGUGAUCAACACUAUCAAUCCAUUGCCCCUCUUUGGUCAGACCAUCCGGAGUACCAUGUCUUUAAUUUUCAAACACAACCUGUGCAAGAGGUCAGAGGUCACUCAAUCAACUUUCAUCUCCCAAGCAGUUUUUCAACACCUAUACAGAAUGCUUCAUUUGCGAGCGCAUAUAUGCAGCAGCCUCCACCUCCUGGACAUCGAAUGAAUUCUUCUCCUGUUGCCUUUCUUGAAACUGAUGAUAGUUUAUUAUACGACUAUUAUUUUGACUUGGACAUCGAGAACAUGUCAUAUGAGGAGGUUGUUGAGUAUUUUGAACAAAUUGGCAACGUAGGCACGGGCUUGUCAGAAGAAAUUUUUACAAGAGUAGUGAAGACAAAAACGUUUUUAGCGCCUAAUAACUUGGAGGGAGUAACUUCUGAUGAACAAGAAAUUGAUCUUUGCGUUAUAUGUCAGGAUGAAUAUAAGAACCAAGAGGAGAUUGGAAUUCUUCGAUGCCGACAUGAAUACCACGUAGAUUGCAUAAGAAGAUGGUUACAUGAAAAAAAUGUUUGUCCCAUUUGCAAAUCAGAAGUAUUAGAUCAUGAAUAGAAGAUGGAAUAGAAAGCACUUAUUUUCACUCUUUAUACGUGCACACUUCUCAUCUACUACACACUCUAGCACAUGUAGUUAACAUUGCCAAUUUCAUUUAUUACGAUGUACUAGAACAAUUGUAAUCAAGUUGUAUUGAUGUUACUAUGUUAACUUUAGGAGAUUACAAUGUUGUUAGUUGUUUUUAGUUUUC